UGACCACACCUACAGCCGUGUGGGAGCCGUGGGAAGGCGCAUUAGAGGACUGUCGCGCCCUGUCAGACGCAUGUCUCCACGCUGAACUUCAGCUGAAAGGAAAGGAAACAAGUGUCUUUUGAAGACAAGAGGAAGAAGCAUGAGCACGGAUCGUGAUGCUGGAGACUUGGAGCUGGAUACUGUCUGUGGGACACCUGAAAAUCCCACUAGUGAACCUCUCCAGAGCUCAGACCAUCAUCAGACUCAUGAACAGGAGCUGGACCCGGUGCUGCUGUGGGUUCCCAGUGGGAGACGCCUAAUCUCUGGUUUGGUGGGUCUCAAUGUGGUUCUGCUGGGAACCGCUCUGGUGAUCGGCGAAAACUUCAACCCUGAGGGUCUGAGCCACCAGGAGCCUGAGGUGUUCCUGCUGGUGCUCAUGGGGAUCAGCCUGAUCUGGAUGUUCUGGUACCUGCUGUGGGCCAGGAGACAUCCGGAUAUAAGCCCGCACAGAGACCACCACGCCGGGGGGGUCCCUGUCAUCCUGGCUCUCCUGCUCUUUGCUGCCUUCAGCCUGCUGCUGUUUGUCUUCAGGGUCGGUUAUUUGAUGAGUACGAGGGAGUGCAAGCCUGCUGCAACGCUGAUUUCACCGUUCAUGGAGGCUCCUUUUCUCACUCUGCAGACAUAUUUACUGUGGGCUCACUCCAAAGACUGCAUUCACAGACACAAGAUAAUCACAAGGUCUGGACUGAUGAUGAUCCUCUCCACUGAUCUACUGCUGUGGCUGAACGCCGUGACAGAGGACAACAUCCACGUGGAGAUCGAGCUGGGAAAACGAAACGGCCUCGCUGAUGACGACACACCUGAUAGGGACAGCUCAGACUUAGCAGGGAAUUCAACCUGUCAGUGCAACGCGAGCACAGCCUGCCUCGCCUUCAGGAAGGGCUUUGAAAUCUUUUUUCCCUUCAACAUAGAAUACUACCUGAUGGCAGGCUGCUUGAUCUAUGUGAUGUGGAAGAACGUGGGCCGCAUAACGGGUCCAGAUCACCACGUCACAGAGAAGAAGACCCUGUAUAUUGUGUGCACAGGUGGGAUCACAUUGGGCCUCGUGUUUGGGGGCCUGGUUCUGGCUGCAGGAGUGACUGCCUUCGUUCUCUAUCAGGUCUAUGUGAGCCAGCCGGAGUUUCGCCUCACCGCCUUCUUCAUAUUUUAUGGCUAUCAUUUAGUCGUCAUGCCCAUCAUGUCUCUCUGCUCUCUGGUCGGGCUAAUAGUCCAAAGGUUAGAGAGUAGGGCACGCGAAGUGGGGCCUAAUCCCUCUCGUAGGCUGGAUGUGGUCCUCCUGAUGGCGGCGGCCCUGGGCCAGCUCGCUCUGUCCUACUUCUCCGUGGUGGCAGCUUUGGGCAUAGGCACCGAUGGCCCUCUGGGGGAACUGGAUCUGUCCUACUCCCUCUUGAGUCUGCUGGAGCUCAUCCUCCAGAACAUCUUCAUCAUUGAAGGCCUCCACAGACACCCACACCUCAGCAUCAAGAAGAAGAAGAAGCAGAUGAGCAGUAUUUUCAAAAUGAAGAAAAAAGCACAAGAGAACAAAAAGACAGAUAUAUCUCUACUGGAGGCCAAAAUAUCAGCGCCCCCUACAGUCCAGGAGCAGGGGGCAACAAAACCCUGGGCCAAAAGAGUGAGACAAGAGAUCUGCGCUUUCCUCAUUCUCUCAAAUAUCAUGCUGUGGCUGAUUCCUGCAUUUGGAGUCCACCCGCAGUUCGAGAACGGCCUGGGAAAAGAGUUCUUCGGCUUCACCACUUGGUUUAUUAUGAUGAAUUUGGGUCAGCCGCUCAGCGUCUUCUACAGGAUGCACUCGGUGGCAGCUUUAACGGAGCUGCUCAUCUCUGCAUGACACGCACAGACUCCAUCCCUGUUAGACUACACGAUCCAAAAACCGGAUUACUGAAUACACAAACCAACUCAAGAACAAGCUCGCCCCUCAUCAUAGAACUUCAUGUUGUUUAAAAUAUGGAGAUGACAGCACCUCGCAGUCUUCUGGCCUGUGCGUCCUGAUAUAUGCACGUUUAAAAAAAAAGCAUUUUUAAAGUUUUAGGCAGAUAUAUUGGUAGAGCAGCAGAUUCAGGACCCCGGGGUCUCUGAUGAGAUUAUUUUAAAGACUUUUACCUUCCUGUCGUCACACAUCGGAGCAACAAGCACUCACGUUUUUGGCAAAAUAAAUAAAUGUCCUACAAAACUGCCA